AAAAAAAAAAGUGAAAGCAAAAAAGGAGCGUGAAACAACAGUCUCCAAACUUAAGUUUGCUUGUCUCUGUUCAUCCUCUGGUUUCUUUGUUCGGGUGCCGCAGAACUGUAUUGUUGGAGAUGACGUUGCAAUGGACUGCAGUUGCUCUCUUCCUCUAUGUGGAAAUAGGUGUACUCCUCAUCCUCUGUCUACCCUUCAUCUCAGCCACCAGAUGGCAGAGGAUCUUCCAGCUGAGAAUAUGGAACAAAAUGGCCAGGUUUUGGAAUAAAUUCUUCCUCGCCAUGAUCAUAAUCCUUAUAGUCCUCUUCUUCGACGCUGUGCGCGAGGUGAGGAAGUAUUCGGGGGCGGGAAACAGCAAGGACGCUAAUCUGCAUCCGAACAUGUUUGACAACCUCAACAUGAAGCUGUUUAGAGCCCAGAGGAACCUCUACAUCUCCGGCUUUUCCCUCUUCCUCUGGCUGGUACUGAGGCGGGUGAUCACUCUGAUCAACCAGCUGGCGAUGGAAUCUGGCACCACGGCCUCUCUGCAGACCAAGGCAGAGAAUGCCAACCAAACUGCCAAGAAAUACAUGGAGGACAACGAGCUACUGAAGAAGACUCUGAUGGAUGGGAAGGGGGACAAGGCCACAGCGGAGGGAAACGAGCUGCUGAGGUCAGAGAUGGAGAAACUGAGAGGAGAACUGAAGGGCUCAAAGGAAGCCUUGAAAAAGUCCCAAUCCGAGAUGGAAGCUAUGAAGAAACAAUUCGAUGGACUGACCAAAGAAUACGACCGACUGCUGAAAGAACACCAGAAUCUUCAAGAGAGUGGACACAAAAAGGAUGAUUGAUAGUUCUUAUGACUACAGCGGUCAGAACGUUUACAGAUCGUACCAAGAAACCAGAAAAAACAGUCACGCACGCUAUCGCCUUCCUUUGAAAUACUGAAAACACCUGUGCAUGAUGUCACCAAAAUACUCCUCCAAAGCCUCACUGAGCCGGCAAAACUCAGAUAAAAAGCACCUGAGCACGUUUAUAAUAGAAUAGCUACUACACCAGCCUAGAAAUAGUGUUUAUAUUAUUUGCUGACUUUUGGAGAAUUGCACAGUUGUGAAUGAAUGCCUGCAUGCAUGGCUGUACAAGCUUCAGAUUACAGUCAUGUCUUCUACUUUGAGUGUAUUUUUGAUGUAAUUGGCUUGCUAUGCUGUUUUAUUCCAUGUAUAUGGCAAGAGCACCACUGUUGCAUUCAUAUCAUUAUUUUUACCUUAGCAGCUAUGCAUAUUACAAAUUUAGUUGUAUGUGUUUUGUUAAACAAAAUUAACAUUGAGUUCAUAGGGGUAAAGAAGUUAUAUUGAGUGAUUUUGUUGUUGAAUAUUUUAUAUCAAUGGUGAUCUGUUUUCAUUCCUCUGAAGAUAUUCUACGUAUUUAGAUGUUAAGUGGUUUGUGGAUAUUACACAGGGUCAGGCUAGAUUGAAAAUCCAAUAUUGGGUCAUGAUUUUCUUUUUGGUAAUAAGGAAACUGAAAUGGAAAUGUGUGUGGAGAUUCAUAUUUCCUUUUCUCACUCUCAGACCCCCUGUAGUGUGUCACACAACUGUGAAGAUUGUAUAGACUAAUAAAACCAGAGUAUGACUGUCCCAGCCCAGGGGUUUGGUUGGGUAGACCGGGUCAGCACUUGGAGUGGGAUUGACCAACAAGUCUUCCUCUAGCCCCCAUGCCCUAAGCACUUAUCUCCUAUAGGGCCAGACAUUUUUCUCCCCAAUGUAUUGUACAUUAAAUUCCAAUACUAGGGGACAGAAGCUUCCCUGACAGAAUAAGUGCCUUUCAGACCACUGUAGAUAUAGUUUCUCAUUCCAACUACAAAAAUGUGCUUUGAGUAAGCAAGUGUUUCAAUAUUUCAGUAUUGCUCACUAUUAAAGUUGUUUGUGCUGUGAAAAAAAAUAAUAAGUCUCCACAUACCAACAUGUUAUCCCAUAUUAAAAAUGUUUAAUUGUUGUAUUACA